AUGGCGACUCAGUACCAGCUACCAUUCAAGCUCGCGGAUCCUAGUCUGCUGAAAUUCGACUCCAUUGUCGGCGACAAAUGGGUCGGUGCAAAGAGCGGAAAGCGGUUUGAAGUACUCGACCCCGGCACCGACAAAGCGUGGGCCAGCUGCCCCGCCAACGCAGCAGAAGAUGUAUCCGCCGCCGUGGAAAAUUCCCACGCAGCCUUCGAGCAAUUCCGCAAAGUCAACCCACGCCAACGCGCCAAGUGGCUCCUAGGAUGGUACAACCUAACUGUCGCGGCCCGCGACGACCUCGCCCAGAUCGUAACCUACGAAACCGGAAAGCCGCUGGCAGAAGCAUACGGCGAGAUUGACUACUCCCUGGGCUUCCUAUGGUGGUUCGCCGGAGAAGCAGAGCGCAUCCAGGGCAGCGUAUCAACAGCCGCCGCACCAAACCGUCGUCUGUUCACCAUCAAGCAGCCGAUUGGCGUAGCAGCCGCUCUCGUCCCGUGGAACUUCCCCGUUGCCAUGGUUCUACGGAAAGUCGGUGCCGCACUAGCGGCUGGCUGCACGAUGGUCGUCAAACCCAGUCCCGAGACGCCGAUUUCGGCGCUCGUGCUGGCAGAGCUGGCGCAUCGCGCUGGAAUCCCUGCUGGUGUGCUGAAUGUGCUCACUACGGACUUGGAGAAUACCCCGGCUCUGAGUGAGGCGUUAUGUAAACACCCGCUUGUCAAGAAGGUGACGUUCACAGGCUCGACACGGAUAGGUAAGUUGGUGGCUGCGCACUGUGCGCAUGGUCUUAAGAAAGUGACUCUCGAGCUCGGCGGGAAUUGUCCAUUCCUUGUUUUCGACGAUGCGAAUCUCGAUCAGGCCGUUGAGCAGCUGAUGUCGCUGAAAUGGCGCCAUGCCGGCCAGGCUUGUAUCACUGCCAAUCGAAUCUAUGUGCAGGCUGGGGUUUAUGAUCGCUUCGCCGCUCUUCUGAAGGAGCGCACUGCUGCGAUAGUUGUUGGUCAUGGUGCCGCGGCUAACACCACGAUGGGACCGUUGACGACACCUCGCAGUCUUGAUAAGGCCUCUGCGCAAGUUGAAGAUGCUCGUCGCCUCGGUGCUGAUGUUAUUUUGGGUGGUAAUUCUCUGACCUCGAAGCCGGGUUAUUUCUUCGAGCCUACAAUCUUGUCAGGAAUGACCGCGGACAUGGCCAUCUCGCAUGAGGAAUCGUUUGCGCCGAUUGCUGCGCUGUAUCGAUUCGAUACUGAGGAUCAGGCUGUCAAGCUGGCUAAUGAUACCAGUAUGGGUCUGGCCAGUUAUGCUUUCACCAAGAAUAUCGAUCGCAUGUGGCGACUCUUGGAAAACUUGGAGGCGGGAAUGAUCGGAAUGAAUACAGGCAACUCAUCGGCUGCCGAGUCGCCUUUCGGUGGUCUUAAGGAGUCUGGUUAUGGCAAAGAGAGUGGAAAAGACGUGGCUGUCAAUGAGUACUUGGUCACCAAGACAGGUACCUUGACAAUUGAGGGACAAUAUUGA